ACCGCAACCACUUCCGGGUUAGCGCUUCUCCUCUGCUUUCCCUGGCCAGCUGCGCUUCCCGUCCCGGAGUGCCACGAUGGGGAUCCUGGAGAAGAUCGCGGAGAUCGAGAAGGAGAUCGCCCGGACCCAGAAGAACAAAGCCACCGAGUACCAUCUUGGCUUGCUGAAGGCAAAGCUUGCAAAGUACAGAGCUCAGCUUUUGGAGCCUUCCAAAUCGGCUGCGGGCAAAGGCGAAGGCUUCGAUGUGAUGAAAUCUGGAGACGCCCGGGUGGCGCUGAUUGGUUUCCCCUCUGUGGGUAAGUCCACCUUUCUGAGUCUGAUGACUUCAACGGCGAGUGAGGCGGCUUCCUACGAAUUCACCACAUUGACAUGUAUUCCUGGAGUCAUAGAGUACAAAGGUGCCAACAUCCAGCUUCUCGAUCUGCCUGGGAUCAUCGAAGGAGCUGCUCAAGGAAAAGGCCGCGGGCGCCAAGUGAUUGCCGUAGCCCGGACUUCUGACGUCGUUAUCAUGAUGCUGGACGCCACAAAGGGGGAAGUGCAGAGAGCUCUGUUAGAAAAGGAACUGGAAACAGUAGGAAUCCGGCUGAACAAAAUCAAGCCCAACAUCUACUUCAAGCCCAAAAAGGGAGGGGGCAUCUCCUUCAAUUCAAUGGUGACGCUAACUCAGUGCUCCGAGAAACUGGUGCAGCUCAUCCUCCACGAGUACAAAAUAUUUAAUGCGGAGGUUCUGUUCCGGGAAGACUGCACACCUGACGAGUUCAUUGACGUGAUUGUUGGCAACCGGGUCUACAUGCCCUGCCUUUAUGUUUAUAACAAAGUCGAUCAGAUCUCCAUGGAGGAGGUAGAUCGCCUGGCUCGGAAACCCCACAGCGUAGUGAUCAGCUGCGGCAUGAAAUUGAACUUGGACUACCUGCUGGAGAUGCUGUGGGAAUAUCUGGCCCUUACCUGCAUCUACACCAAGAAAAGAGGCCAGAGACCAGACUUCUCAGAUGCCAUCAUCGUACGGAAAGGGGCAUCCGUGGAGCAUGUGUGCCAUCGAAUUCACCGGACAUUAGCCAGCCAGUUCAAGUAUGCGUUGGUUUGGGGAACCAGCACCAAGUACAGCCCCCAACGAGUAGGACUCAGCCACUUGAUGGAACAUGAAGACGUCAUCCAGGUAGUCAAGAAAUAAGCCUCGUCGCCGGUCCCUCGCCCUGCUCUGCUCCGCAGUAUUUUCAACGCGACUCAGCAGAAAACUGUCUAAAAGCCAAAAAGAAGAAGAAAAGCCUCUGUGUGUAAUGGGAGGGUUUUCCUUCAGCUCCUCAUAAGCUUCCAUGAAGCUUCCACGGAGGAUAAGAGACUUCUGUGGAACUUCUUGCAGGUUAGGGACGUGGAGAAGAGAGCUUCUUGUCUUACACACUGACAUGCUUAAGGGGCACCUUUCAAUAGCAUGGUCUUGGGUGCCUUUAAGAUGCUCGGAGCGGGUUUGGUUGUGACUUGACAGCUUGCCCAGAAAAGUGGCCUUGGAUUCAUGAGCCGAAAAACACAGGGAGAGAACCAUCCACCCUCCUCCUGUUCUUCCUCCCUUCCUCCCGUGUGUGUUGGUUCACGAGCAGAACAAACAGCCCUGUUCAAAAACCAGCACUUACAGUUGGACAAAAACGAUUCCGGGCAACGCAAGGAUUUGUUUACAGGUGGAUCGCUUUGUCACGUUCACAGAGUGCCCUUUGGAAGUUCAUUUCCACCCACUUUCUGGCUAAGAGGGGUGGUGUUGGUAACUUCCAUUGGGGUUAACGGAAACGAGGCCGCCUCCUCCCUCCUGGCAUCCAAGAAACAGCACACCUGCUGCUCCUGCAGCUCUGCUCGAUAAAUUUACUCCAGACCCAUCAGAAGCCAUUUGUCCUUCAACUGAAAUAAAUAAUGGUUCUCAUUUCUCUUUGGCACUCCCAUAAUGUCAAAGUUGUGAAGUAUCAUUUUCUAACUGCUGUGAAAUAUUUCCAGUGGUUCUUUUUCUGCUCUUGUUCCUGAGGCUGCCGCUUUUCUUUUCCUCCACUGUAGGGCUGGUCCUGCCCGCUUUUAACAGCUUUUUUUUGAACUUCUGUUUAGCUUUUCUUCUUAACAGUACGUUUUUACAAUUUGGAAAUCUGCCAGGGUUUAGAUGGUACUCUGGCUGCUCCUGUUCAGCCCAGGGUUCUCUUAUGCGUGGCUGGGCUCACAUGGCAGAGAGAAAAACUGUUGCAUUAAGAGAGAGAGUUUAUAUUUCAAAACUUCCAUGGCCUAUAUUUGUAGAAUGUAUUUGUAGGAUAUUGAAGAGUCAGAAGAGGUUCAGAAAAAGGCAACCAAAAUGAUCAAAGGGAUGGAGAAACUCCCGUCUUAGAAGAGGUUGCGGCAUUUGGGACUUUUUAGAUACCGGUCCAGCGGGAAGGUAAACGGCAUUUCUGUGCCCUGCUCUGGUUCGCCAGAAGCAACUUAGUCAUGCUGGCCACAUGACCCGGAAGUUGUACGCUGGCUCCCUCAGCCUAUAGAGCGAGAUGAGCACCGUGACUGGACCUAAUGGUCAGGGGUCCCUUUACCUUUUUAGAUGAGAGAGAAGUUGAGUAGGUGGUGACAUGGUAGAGGUAUGGUAUAGGCAUCCUCUACAACCACAAUAACAAUGUAUACCAAUAACAAUGUGUACCAACAAUGUAUACCAAGGAAGCCACAGAUAAUUAAUGGCCAAAGGCCUGGCAAAAAGGAAAUGUUUGUGGCUGGUGCUGAAAGCUAUGUAAUGAGGACAAGAGGUGAGCCUCCCUGGGGAGAGCAUUCCACAAGCAAGGGGCCACCACCAAAAAGGUCUGUUCUCAUGUUUCCACCCUCUAGGUCUCCCGUGUAGGGGGCAUACCGAGAAGGGCCUCAGAUGAUGAUUGCAGGGUUUGGGUAGGAUCAUACGGGAGUAAGUUUCUGCCAAUCGGGUUCCCUCCAGAACCCGUUGGCAAGGCUUCUGUAGCUGCAAGAUUCUGACGCCAAGUAGGUGCCCGGACUAGACCUCAAAAAAGCUUGCAGCUGUCUUGUUGCAGUCAACCUUUUCAGUGGUAAGUGGGAAUUUGUUCAGACUGUGAAGUCUAGCAUGCCCAGGUUUAUUUUUCUUUACGUUUAUUACAUUUCAUAUCACAAGUUUCCUCCAGAAAGCUCCAGCUGGUGUGUGUGACUUUCUCCCUCCGUUCUAUCCUCCUGACAACCCUGCGAGGUGGGCUAGCCUGAGAGCUAGUGACUGGCAGGCUCAGCCAGCUUUGCUGUCUUUGAUUUUCAUGCAGAAAGAUGCUACGCCUUCUCUUGCAGAAGUCUGAGACGACUUCUGUGUACACACACACACUACUUCUUCCUGAGUUGCUGAUAGCUUGCAAAUAAUCCCCGGCCCCCUGUAGAAGAGAGCCGUUUCUUCCCCUCCCAAGCGCAGGUGAGAAGAAUAGCACUCAUCAAAUAUGCAUGGGCCCACUGUAGCCGGCAAGAGCCUCGCAGCAAACAUGGCGCUGUAGGCUCAGGAGAGGCAUCUCCUUGCUGUCAGCAGGCGCCAGCUGGAAGCUCAGCUUCCCCCAGGUUUUGGGGGACAGCGAGGGCGUCCCUGCUGCAAAGGAUGUCUCCAGGGUGCAGUUGCAGUACGAGUGGAGCUGCUGCCGUUCCGGCCCAGGUGAGCAAAUCAAGGGGGUUAUUAAAUUGUAUCACCCAAUCCGUUUUUCACAGCAAUGGGUCACUUUGCUAAUGGAGGUUGCGCUCCCAUCUUCUCGUUCACUCCCAUCUUCUUCGUUCGCUCCAGGGCUUAUGUUUAAUUUUUGUUCUAUUUCUAGUGUUCAAGCUAGCUAGCCUUUCCUCUGAGAAGCUCAAAGCAGUUUGCAAGUCCUUCAAACUUGCCCUUGUUUUAGCUAUGCACCAACUCUGUGCGGGAGGUUGAGAGAGCAGGGGUCAGAGUGAGGAUUUGGAGCUGUGGCUGGGUACAGUGUACCGCUUACUCCAGUUUCAGUGAAGCUCCCGCAGCUCGUGUUUGAAGCGGGAUGCACGUGACUUCAGCCACAAUCCGCAAGUUCCCUGUACUUGCUUCCGAAAUACUCCUGGGCGAUGCAUUUUUUCCUCAAAGCAUUUAGUUUUAAAAUGUAAGCCACAGCAUAGGUAUUCCUCACCCACUUUGACCUGUGCAACAACCCUGCUUGGUAGCUUAGGCCGAGAGGAUGUGACCAGCC